AUGGCAGGACCCAGUGAGAUCCACAGUCAAAUAUCAGAGAUUCACAAACUUUGCCGUUACGACGAUGACGACGAAUCAAACCCUUCGGAUUCCUCCGAUUUACUCCUCGACUGUGCUCUUCAUGUUCAAAACACAGUGCAACAAAUUGUAUCCGAAUUCUCUGAUUUCGAAUCCCUAGGAAUUUCAGAUUUCGAUACUUAUGUAGAGCAUUUGCAAAAGGAACUUAACAAUGUAGAGGGUGAAACUGCCAAUGUAGCUUUGGAGAUUGAGCAUCUUGCGAAAACUAAUAAGGAUGAUUCUAUUCAAUUGGAGGGAAAACUUGAAGAAUUGGAGCAGAUGACAGCUGAUGCUAAUGAAGGAAAUGCUUCCCCAAUGCUGCUAGACACCGACAUGAAUCUAGGUGAAAAUUUGGAGCAAUUGGAACUUGAAAAUAAGGUUGAUGAAAUGAAGUCAAUUCUGGAGGCUGUGGAGUGUUUGCAGUGUAAGGUUGAAUGGUUUAAUGCUCUAGAGCAGAUUGACGAUGCAUUGGCUGGUCUAAAAGUGAUUGCAUUUGAUGAGAAUUACAUUAGGCUGUCUUUGCAGACUUAUGUCCCAACGGCAGAGAGCAUUUCAUGCCUACAGAGAGUUGAAGAUACCAUUGAUGCAUCUGUGCUGAAUCAUGAGUUAUUGAUUGAAGUGUUUGAGGGGACCACGAAGUUAAAGGAUAUUCAGGUUUUUCCUAGUGAUAUAUAUGUGGAUGAUAUUGUUGAUAAUGCAAAGUCUGUCAGUAAGUCCUCAUUGCAGUGGUUAAUACAAAAACUGCAAGAUAGAAUUAUACUAAGCACACUUAGGCGACUUGUGGUAAAGGAUGCCAAUAAAUCAAGAUAUUCUCUUGAGUACUUGGACAAAGAUGAGACUAUUGUAGCUCAUUUGGUUAGAGGAAUUGAUGCAUACAUAAAGUUGUCUCAUGGUUGGCCAAUUUUUGGUUCUCCAUUGAAGCUGAUAUCUAUCAAGGGGUCAGAUAUUUUGAAGAAACGUUCUCCAAAUUUUCACUGCGAAGUUGAGAGUUUGGCCAAGAAAUUAGAUACUCAUAAUCAGCAAAAUAUACUGGACUUUGUUGACGCUGUUGAAAAAGUGAUUAUAGAACAGUUGCAGCUUGAUCCUAGAGCCGGUGCUGGCUCUGGCUAA